UACCACGACGUUAUGGCAGCUAGGAAGGACGAUUACUACGCAACGCUCAAAAUUCUCCUCAUUGGAAAUUCUAACGUUGGGAAAUCCUCCCUGCUGUUACGAUUCACUGACGACACGUUUUUGCCACAUGACGAAGUUUCGGCUACAAUAGGCGUCGAUUUUAAGGUGCAGGAUAUGAUAAUUGAUGACAAGAAAUAUAAAUUAACAAUUUGGGAUACAGCAGGACAAGAGAGAUUCCGAACUCUUACUUCAACAUAUUAUCGCGGUGCCCAUGGAGUGAUUCUCGUUUAUGAUGUGAGCAAUCGAGAGACUUUCAACGAGUUGGGCAAUUGGUUUAACGAAUUAAAUACUUACUGUUCGAAUAAAAAUGUGGUGAAGAUGAUAGUGGGAAAUAAAGUUGAUAAGGAAAACUCGAGGGUAGUUUCGCGUAAAGAAGCAGAAAUUUACGCGCAAGCAAAUGGAACCUUGUUUGUUGAAUGUAGUGUAAAAACCAGAUUCCAAGUAAACGAAGCAUUUGAAGAACUGGUCAAGAAGAUUAUUGAGACGCCAAAUCUGUGGAUAAAGAAACCAGAACCUGACAACUUUCAACUUAGAACACGUAAUGCAUCAACGAAUACUCGACAAGAUGUUUGCUGUUAA